AAUAAGGAAAAGUGUUUGAUAGAGCACUCUUUUUUCGACAACGCUGAAACUAUGCUAUAUGUACACUCCAGUGUAUAUAUGGCAACUCGGUAGGUGUAUGAAUAUCUUCUGUGGCAUUUCACCAAAUAUGUACCCGGAAAAUUGCGUGAUGGCGACGAAUGGACGUCUAGUGUCAUUUACUGUAUCAGCAUGGAUGGGUAUACUCACCGCCAACAGCAACCGAAUUACUGCCAAUAUCGUCCACCAGUCCUUGGAGUUAAUCCAAACAACAUGACGGAGUCAUCUGAUCGCCCAAUUAUGCCUUCUGCAAAUUUGAAUGAAAGAGUCAUGGUGAGUCGUCCAAGCUGUGCCAUGGUGUUGCCGCAGAUGAUGAACUCCAAACCAAGAUGUGAUAUGGUAUCUCCCCAGACAGCACCUUCUAAUCCUAGUUAUGCCAUGGGCUCCCCGCACACCAAUCCACCAAAUCCCAGAUGUGAUAUGGUAUCUCCACAAAGGGCACCACCAAGAGCUGGCUUCCCUGUUGCACCACCCCAACAACUGCCUGGGAAUCCAGGAAUUAUUGAUCAGCAGAGUUACAAUGCAAAUCUUCAGUUGUCACCAAAUAGUCCACGUAUUGGAGUGAAGAUUUCACUGACUGGUGCACGAGCAGAAGUAAGCACAUUGAUUGCUCCCCCACGUUUAGGUUCUAUUGAACCAGACGAGUCAGUAUGUAAAACCACAGUUGCCAAUAAGACACCAAAUUUAGACAAGCAGGCAGUUUCAAGCCAGAGUUCAUCACAAAAUUCCGAAGAAAAAAUUUCAGAGCCGUCAUCAUCUGACAAUGCACAGUCUUCCCAAUCGGAAGACAAUGAUACACAGAAGUCUGACGACAACUGCUCAAUAGAAAUUACUAAAUCAUCUGACAAGGAGAAAAUGAAUUCUGCUAGUGGUGCUGCUGAGUAUUCUGAACCAUCAACAAGUGGUAAGAAAAAAUCUAAGAGAUCUAAAAAUAAAGACAAACACGAAUGUCACUGUAGCACAUGUGGUAAGCAAUUCACUGAUGAGAAACACUUGCAACGCCAUAAGAAAAUGCACAGUGGGGAACGGAAACACAAAUGUGAAGUAUGUGGAAUGGCGUUCAUACGUUUUGACCACAAGCGACGACACGAGAAAACACACACUGGGGAAAGACCUUUUGAUUGUGAUCUUUGUGAUAAGGCAUUCACGAGGCACAGUCACCUGAAGCGUCACGAAAGGCUUCACACUGGUGAAAGGCCUUUUAAAUGUGAUCUAUGUGAAAAGACAUAUAUUGAUCCCAGUCAUUUAAGUCGACACAAGUUAACACAUUUAAGAGAUGAAGAAUCGAUGGCUGAAGAGAAAAUCAAACGUAAAGUUGGAGAGAAAAAAAAUACAAAACCCAAGACUGAUGAAAAAAAGUAA